GCGCUGCACCUGUCUCUGCGGCGGUGAUCCCCCUCGUCGUCUGCGCCACAUACGAAAAUAAAACUUCUCUCGAUAAACUGGCGGCGUAGUUAAACAGCUGGAGCGAACUCCGUCGCCCAAAAUGUCCACAGAGGAGCUGUCAGCCUCGGACAGCGAGGCAGCCUUCGCCGGCGCAGGGGAACGAUGGGCACCGGUGGGCGCCGUGGCCAGUCCCGAGGAUGAGAGCGGGAGCGGUGGCGCCGGGCAGCCGGGGCAGAGAUGCUCGUCCUCGGCCGCCGAGGAGGAAAUGGCCACGAAGCUGAAGAAGCUGGAGGAGGAGCAGGACUUGCUGAACUCCUCUCUGCUCGCCCUCACCUCCCACUUUGCUCAGGUCCAGUUCCGACUGAAGCAGAUAGUUCACGCCCAGAGCGAGGAGAAGGAGAGGAUGCUGGCCGAGCUGGAGGAGUUCGCCUUCAGGGGCUGCCCGCAUGUGGUGGGCUGCCGAGCUCAGGAUGCCCAGCAGCUGGAGAACUCGAGUGAGAGGGAGAAGCGGGAGCGCCUGGAGGCUCAGAGGGAAAAACAGAAGGAUCUCAUUUACCAGCUCAAGACCCAGCUGGACGAUCUGGAGCGCUUCGCCUAUCAGGAGGGCAGCUACGACUCGCUGCCGCAGUCUGUCGUCAUGGAGAGGCAGAAGGUCAUCAUUGACGAGUUGAUCAAAAAGCUGGAUGUGAACCUGAACGAGGAUAUCGGGAAAUUGUCGCCGGAGGAGCUUAGGCAGAGAGUCGACGCUGCCAUUGCUCAGAUAGUGAACCCGGCCAGGGUCAAAGAGCAGCUGGUGGAGCAGCUCAAGACCCAGAUCAGGGACCUGGAGAUGUUCAUCAACUUCAUCCAGGAUGAGGUGGGGAAUCCGCUCCUGUCAAAUGUUGGACACGGCCAGAAGCCGCAAGCAGCAGGGACCGAUGCCAGAACUCCAGGGGGGAAGAGGAAAGUGGACCCCGAGCAGGCCCAGAAGAUGCGAGAGACUGGCCUGCAGCUGAUCCAGAAGGCCCUCGCCGUGCUGCAGAUCUUCGCUGCGAGCCAGUUUGGCUGCACGGCCGGGCAUGUGCCCCAGAGCAUGUGGCCUCAGGAGUCUGCAGGACAGGACUACGGGCCCCUGCUGCAGUGUCUGGAGGCAGCCGUGGAGAAGGUGCGAGUGCUGGGCUCGCGCAGACAGCCCUCCCUCGAACACGUCGUCAACUACACCAGCAACUCGGCCCUUGGGCCCCGAGACGAGCUGACCACGUCUGUGAGGAAGGAACUGGCGAGUGCCCUGAAAGACUUGUUGGCUCACGGCCUCUUCCUGCCCUCUCAGACCAUGAGCCUGGUGCUGGCGCCCAUCUCCUGCCUGCUGCCUUACAGAACAGCCCCACACACCAUGCACCCAUGGGAACUCUUUGUCAAGUACUACCACUCCAAAAACGGGAAGGCCUUUGUGGAGUCGCCGGCCCGCCAGCUCUCACAGUCCUUCAGCCUGCCUGUAGGGGGCGGCCCGGUGACUGUCACCCCUAAACAGUCUCUGCUGUGGGCCGUCCACACCGUGCUGAAGGAGCACGGACGCUACAAGCGAGGACCAGACACAGAGUUCAAAGCGCUGGUGUGCAUGGCUCUGAACGAGCAGCGGCUGGUGUCGUGGCUCAACCUGCUGUGUAAGUCAGGGACUCUGAUACACCCUCACUACCAAUCCUGGAGCUACAUGGCCCAGACCGGCUUCGAAGGAGCCCUGCGCAUCCUGGGCCGCAUCAGCCACCUAAAAUUCAACCUCCCCGUGGACCUGGCUGUCCGGCAGCUGAAGAACAUUAAGGAUGCUUUCUGAGGAGGCAAGAAAUCCAUGGAAAGUGGAGAAACAUCAGUCUCAGAAAUCAAGUAUUUUGUCAGCUAAACUCCACUGCUCUUACCCGCAUUCAGGACCAAAAGCAUGUCUUUGUGCUCUAAGUAGGUAACCUUUUAAAGGUCUUUUAAGCAGCCACCCAUCUGAAGUAAAAUCUACAGUACAUGCAUGGCUGAUUACGUUGUUUGAGCUUCAGCCAUAGGCAACCAUAGUCCGCAUAUCCCACUGUGUUUAAGAUAACCAAAAUGACAAGAAGACAAUGCUGCUUGUACUGUAAACCUGCCUUAGAGUGGAGAUUGAGAUUACCUCAUCUUUAGUAAAGCCUUCCUGACCUUUGCGACCUGUGCUCAUUGUACAGUACCCCCCCCGCCCCGUACACGACAGCGCCCUGGCCUAUGCAUCAAAGAGAGAGGCCGGACUUGUACAGUAAUCAGUACUGUAACGUGGCUGCAGGUUUAGACAAUCCAGGAGGAAAAUUAAUGAGCAGAACCACUUCUCGAUACUGUGGCUUCUACACAGUAACCAAGAGCUUGUGAGGUAUUGGUCCUGGUAUUGGUGCUUGUGCUGCCCCGUUCUUCUGUCGUGGACUGAAUUAUUUAAGUGGCAAAUCUCAUGUAGCAUGAUCGUAAACGGUGAACAUCAGCACACCAGUCAGCUUGAAAUGGAAAAAAAAAAAAAUCUCAGUUUCCAUCAGGGUGCGAAGUUAAAAUGUUGUGUAACAUUGCCCACAAAUAUGCAGUUAUCAACUUAAUUACAAUGCCCUCGACUCCAUUUUAAACCUCUGAAGCUAUUAUCAGCUGUUGCAUGUUGCGCUUCAGGCGUGUGAACAGCAUUUAGGCCCCGUAUGAACUGCUGCUUUUCUCCUGGUUCAGGUGGACUUAAAAUUAAAAUGAACUGACAGUGAUAUUGAAUGACAAGAAUUUAUUUCUUGAUGUCACGGCUUACGUCACGUAUUUGACGUGACUGUAGGAUAUUAAAAGUUUUAGUUUUAUUUCCAGUUUUUUUUUUUCCGGAGAAAUUGAGUUUUGAUCUUCCCGAGACAGCUGAGUUGCACAAAUCACAUCCUUCAGUACUGAAUGUACAAACCAUAGAUGCUAUUAAACCCAGGUUAGUUUAUACGUGCUGUGUGAUUUCCCUCUGUUGGGGCGGAUGAAAUGAGACUCGGGAAUGAAACUUCAUCGUUCCUGGGCCCAUGUGUACAUGUAUGUAUUAAGCCCUCUCAGAGCAGGCGUGCUGGUAAAAGCUCACUACAUUUGUAUUUCCCGAGAUUAAAAACCUGAUUCCAUGUUAGUGCACCCGGAGACACAUUUUAUCUCUUAACGUUAAUGAAAAAUUUGUGUUUUGUUCUGGGCUAUGCUUAGUACACAUAAUGCUGUAUUUUGCUUUCUCUUUUCCCAUUUUUUGUUGUGUUUUGUUCAGCUGUUGUGAUUCAUGUAAAGAGACAUGUAUUUAUUUAUUUGAUGGCAUGUUUUAGCUCAACACUGAAUUAGGUGAGAACAUAUCAGAACACUUAAGUAGCUGCUGUACUGUAGCUGUUCGGUCUGGAGACAGUAAAUACACUGGAUGAUUUAAAUUAUGUUAAAUGCUACUAAAUGUUAUUUUUAUGUAAUCACUUCAAUGACAGAAUAAUAUAUUUAGAGAUAUGAACUGUGGUCUAAUGUGGUUUUUUUUCUUUUAUGAUGUUUAA